AUGUUAACAAGUGAUUCUGAUGAUGAUAAUGGUGCGGAUUUCUUGAUUCAAGCCAACACACGUAAGCGCUUAAAACCGCACGAUGAUAACGAUGAUGUUUUUGAACGUGCUGAGGUUGUUACUGAAGGAAGACAAACUAGUUUGGAGACAAAAAAUAAUGUUGAUGCAAAUAGAAAGAAAUCUGGUCGUGGAAGAGGGAGUUCUGGUUCAAGCAGAGGCCGUGGUUCCAAAUCUAAUGAUCAGACCAGAACACAAAUUUCUUCUUCAACAGUUUCGGCUUCAAAUGGUCAGAAUGAGAAUGAUGGUAGACUCAAAGAUCCGUUUCGUAAUGAUAAUGGUGCUUCAUUAGAGGAGGAGAUUGCAUCUUUACGUGCAAAAGUUGUUGUGUUGGAGGAAGACUUACGUAAAGCAAAGCAAGAAGCCUCUCAGCAUCAGAAUAUUUGUCCACAGUUAGAAAAGGAACUGAAGGAAUUGAAAGAUCUUGAGGAGCAAAUGAAACCUAAGAGAACAAAAAUAAUAUCCGAUUUGCUGAUAUCAGUUUCAAAGGCUGAGAGACAAGAAGCAAGACUAAAAGUACGACAGGACUCAUUGAGACUCGGAAAUGUUGGUGUAAUCAGAGCUGGAACUGUCUUAUCUGAGACCUGGGAAGAUGGUCAGGCGUUAAAGGAUCUGAAUGCCCAGCUUAAACAACUACUCGAAACAAAGGAGGCAAUUGAGCGCCAGCGCAAGUUAUUCAAGAAAAAACAAUCUGAUAAGGGUGAUGGAAUAGAUGCAGAGGCUGGAUUGUCGGAAGAUAUUCUCAUUCAGGAGGAAAUCUAUAAGUCUCGACUAGCCAGCAUUAAACGGGAAGAAGAAAUCGCUUUGCGAGAGUGCCACCUCUACGAACUAGAGAAGGGAAGACUAAUUCGUGAAAUGAAACGCAUACUGGAUGAAGAUGCUUCACAGUUCAACAACUUUCAGAUUUUAAACCAUCGUUAUGUCUUCCUAAACCUUCUUGGAAAGGGAGGCUAUAGCGAGGUGUACAAGGCUUUUGACUUGGUGGAGCAUAGAUAUGUUGCAUGCAAGCUUCAUGGUGUAAAUGCUCAAUGGAGUGAAGAGAAGAAGCAAAGUUACAUAAGGCAUGCAAUUCGGGAGUAUAAUAUUCACAAGACCUUGGUUCAUCGUCAUAUUGUUCGUUUAUGGGACAUCUUUAAGAUUGAUCCAAAUACAUUCUGCACUGUUCUGGAGUUUUGUAGUGGUAAAGAUCUUGAUGAUGUUCUUAAGGAAACACCUAUUUUGCCCGAGAACGAGGCUAAAGUCGUUUUAUUUCAGAUUAUCAAAGCCCUUGUUUACAUGAAUGAAAGAACGCCGAAGGUUAUCCAUUAUGAUUUAAAGCCCGGAAAUGUUUUGUUUGAUGAGCUUGGUAUUGCCAAAGUGACUGAUUUUGGUCUUAGCAAGAUAGUGGAGAAUGACGUGGGAUCCCAGGGUAUGGAACUUACAUCCCAGGGUGCUGGAACAUAUUGGUAUUUGCCUCCUGAAUGCUUUGAGCAGAGCAAGACACCUCGCAUAUCAUCCAAGGUUGAUGUCUGGUCUGCUGGUAUUUGUUUUUAUUACAUGCUCUUUGGCAGACGUCCUUUCGGGCAUGACCAAACACAACAGAAAAUAUUUCUUAAGCACACAAUUAUUAAUGCAUACGAAGUAGAAUUUCCCUCUGGAUCUACUGUUUCUAAUAAGGCUAAGGAUUUUAUUCGGCGGUGUCUUACAUAUGACCAGGCGGAGAGACCAGAUGUAUUAACAAUUGCUCAAGACUCAUAUCUCACUUUUACUCAGGAAUAG